UGCUUCAACUGGUGGUAGACAAUCGCCGUGAAACUCCAAAAAGAAGAAGAAUGGACAUUUUGUGUUUGGCUCUCUUUCAGCGUCCUAAAACGCAAUUUGAUAUGGAAUAGCAGUUGACUUUCUGCCGUCUCAACAUUUGAUCGACGCAGAUGUUGCUGUUUAAAUGUGCAGGGAUGAGAAGGUUUCUCGCCCGUGCUGUCAGAUUAUCAACAGGACUGAAAUGCAGCACACGAGCAAACAUGAAGCCAGGAUAUCAACAGGCUAAUGUUGUGAUCUUGCACAAGGAUCUUGCCGAUGACUUUGAGGCUUUUUGUCAAGCUAAUAGCAGCCCCCUCCCCCUGCUGUACAGGAGUAAGUGUGGAGAGUGGGGCUGCCCUCCCCUCGCCACAGGAUCUGACAUCAGAGAGGAUUGUCCAGAGUACUGUGUGUUUGAGAAUGGCGUGCUGGUGAAGAAGAUCCCUAGUUUAUCUUCCUACACCCCUCAACUUCAGGACAUGGUCACAUUCUACCUAGGCUGCAGUUUUGGCUUUGAAGCAGCCCUAAAGGCUGCUGGGGUUCCUGUGAGAAAUGUGGAACAGGGUAAAAAUGUCUGCAUGUAUAAGACUUCAGUACCGUGUAUUAGAGAAGGCAAGUUUCACUGUCAGAUGGUGGUGAGCAUGCGACCUGUACCACACGACAAGCUGAACACUGCAGCUCAAUGCACGCACAUGAUCCCACUGGCACAUGGAGGCCCUGUCCACAUUGGACACCCUAAACUGCUGGGCAUCCGUGAGUUGUCCCGACCGGAGUACGGGGAUCCAGUGGAGGCGUGUGCUGAUGAUGUGCCUGUGUUCUGGGCCUGUGGCGUCACUGGUGUUGAGGCUGUUAAGAGCUGCAAGCCUCCUCUAGCAUUCACACACUCUCCUGGCUGCAUGUUCCUCACUGAUCGAGAGGCAGAAACUAAUUCACCUCAUGCUCUUGAGCCAGAACAAUGUCCAUUGACAUUCUGCAUCUCUCAGAAUCCUCAGCAUUACAGCGUGGCUAGCAAGAAAGCUGUUAAACAGAUUCAAGCAAUUGAGGAGCUUGCUGUUAAAGACCCAGGUGCGAGGGGUAUCCGUGCACUCUUUGUGCAGGAUGAGUUGCUCAAGACCUGUCUCUCUCUCUCCCACUCCUCCUCUGUACUCCUCACCACUGGGUUUCCUACACACUACAUGCACGACCCCCCCGAAGAGACAGAUGGCCCACCCGGAGCCAUCGCCAUGGCAGCUAUGCUCCAGGCUCUCCGUAAAGAGGUGGUCAUCGUGACGGAUGAACGGGCUUUGGAGAUGAAUCAGCACAUCAUGCGGGACGCUGUGGAGAAAGGUGUGAUAAAGACUGCAGUGCCAGUAAUAAGUUUCCAGAGCAACGGUCCUGACUCGGCACUUCACUUCCUGUGCCGUGAUGGAGAUCCCACAAAGCCCAGGUUUGACCACUUGGUGGCAAUAGAGCGCAGUGGUAGGGCUGCAGACGGGAACUACUACAACAUGAGGGGGGUGAACAUCAAGCAUUUAGUUGACCCAAUAGAUGAUCUCUUCACCACUGCCAGCAGUAUUGCAGGAAUCACUACCACAGGGAUCGGAGAUGGUGGUAAUGAGCUUGGCAUGGGCAAAGUCAAAGCAGCAGUUAAGGCACACAUGCCUAAUGGAACCCUGAUUGCAUGUGAUGUGGCUGCUGAUUUUGCCAUUACAGCAGGAGUGUCCAACUGGGGUGGCUAUGCUGUCGCCUGUGCUUUGUAUGUUCUGAACCUCUGUCCCAUACACUCACGUUACCUCCAGAAGGGUUUGGGCCUGCCACCUACAUCUGAGCAAAAGAGUCUGUGGGCUGCCUGUCUGCCUACCAUAGCCAAGGAGGAAGAGAUGCUCCACAUUUUGGUGAAAUAUGGAGUUCGUAGUGGUAAGACGGCAAACCUGGGCCUGGAGGUGGAUGGAUUGACCUUUCACCCAUACCAUUCUGACAUCAUACAGCAGCUUAAAGAUCUCACCCUUCCCUGAUGUCAUCAUGUUAGCCUACAUCAGACACAUGUCCAGAGGAGCUAAGAUACAGAUCUGAGACUGAUGUCAAAGCUGACUAAUGCUCCUUUGUUUAAUCUCUUUCUGACAGAUGAAUAAUGUGAUUUAAAAGAAGAACAUUUUUUGUGCUCUUACCUCUUCCAGCAAUUAUUUCAGUGGCUUCUUUCUGUAAAGCCCAUUUUGUGCCAUGGGAAACAAUUGAUUUAAAAGAUUUUUAGUUUUUUGCAUAUUCCAGAUGCCUUGAUGUACUUUCUACAGCUAAAUAAAACGAUCGUCUCAAUUAA